CAAGGUUCAAUUUCAACAAAACGACAAAAGUUGAGGAAUUGCAUAGUCGAUAAUUGAGGUCCGUCUGAUUUUGUAAAGUCAACUAGCACUUCAAGAUUUUAAUUGCAUAGUGGAUAGUUGAGGAAUAAAAAUGUUAAUUAAAAAUAGCAAACCACAAAAGUAAGGAAUUAAAAAUAGCAAACGACAAGGUUUAUAUUAUUUUCUGAUCCAAACACGACGGAGACACAUCACCACUUUCAACGGCGCACUGACAUUUUAAUAUCCGUGUGUGUAUCUUGAAAAUCUUGAACUCUUAAGUUUCUCUCUAAUGGCUAUGAUAAGCUUACUUGAAAUCACAGUUUAUUUCCUUUGUUUCUCCUUCUUCUUUGGAUAUUUCUUUAUUAUGAAGAAACCUCACCGUUCGUUUCCCACGAACUGGCCAUUCCUCGGUAUGCUUCCGGGCCUACUCGUAGAGAUCCCUCGUGUGUACGACUAUAUAACCGAGUUUCUCGAAGCCUCAAACUUAACUUUUCUUUUUAAAGGCCCAUGUUUCGUUGGCGUCAACAUGUUGUUCACUGUAGAUCCGGCUAAUAUUCAUCAUAUCAUGAGCUCAAACUUCACAAACUACCCAAAAGGAUCAGAGUUCAAGAAGAUAUUCGAUGUUUUGGGAGAUGGGAUUUUCAACGCGGAUUUCGAUCUAUGGAUGGAUCUGAGGAAGUCAGCUCAAUGCAUGAUGAGUCGCCCGGAGUUUCAAAGGUUUACACUAAGAACAAACAUGAGAAAGCUAGAGAAAGGGCUUGUCCCAAUUCUUGAUCACUUUGCUAAGAAGAAACUAGUCCUUGAUUUACAGGAUGUGUUCCAAAGAUUCACCUUCGAUACUACGUUGGUUUUAGCGACCGGGAUUGAUCCGGGUUGUCUCUCGAUUGAAAUGCCAGAAAUCGAGUUUGCUAGAGCUUUAGAUGAAGCAAUGGAAGUGAUAUUUUUCAGACAUAUCAAGCCGGAGAUUGUUUGCAAGAUACAAAGGUUGCUUGGGUUUGGAGAUGAGUUGAAGAUGAAAAUUGCUCACUCGACUUUAGAUCGAGUUUGCUCUAAGUGCAUAGCUUCAAAGAGAGAUGAAAUAACACGUGGCGUUACUAGCAUCGACUCUUCUUCUAAAGAUUUGUUGAUGUCUUACAUGGAUGUAGACACCACCAAGUACAAGUCGUUGAAUCCAGGUGAUGACAAAUUCCUCAGAGACAUGAUUCUAAGCUUCAUGAUAGCAGGUAGGGACACCACAGGCUCUGCUCUCACUUGGUUCUUCUGGCUUCUCACCAAGAAUCCGGAAGUAACGACCAAGAUUCGUCAAGAAAUCAACACAAAAAUAUCUCCAAGAACCAAUAAUGAUUCUGAUCAUUUCUCUUCACAAGAACUAAACAAGUUGGUGUAUCUACAUGGCGCCAUGUGUGAAGCCCUCAGGCUAUAUCCACCGGUUCCAUUUCAGCACAAGUCUCCUACAAAACCCGACGUUCUUCCAAGCGGACACAAAGUCGAGCCAAGUACGAAGAUUGUGUUUUGUCUGUACUCACUAGGGAGAAUGAAAUCGGUAUGGGGAGAAGAUGCAUCAGACUUUAAACCAGAGAGAUGGAUUUCGGAAACUGGAAGUUCGAUACAUGUCCCAUCUUUUAAGUUCUUAUCGUUCAAUGCCGGUCCAAGAACUUGUUUGGGGAAAGAAGUGGCUAUGACGCAGAUGAAGACAGUGGCUGUGAAAAUCAUACAAAACUAUGAGAUAAAGAUCGUUGAAGGACACACGAUUGAGCCAGUUCCUUCUGUUAUUCUUCGCAUGAAACAAGGCCUUAAAGUCAUGGUCACUAAGAGAUCUAAUUUGGUCUGAAUGUUAUGCAAUACUUUUAUGGUAUACUAAGUGUUUUCCUCAGC